AUGGCCCAGCUUCCAACGAUCAUUUGCGACAAUGCCGGUCUUGACAGCGCUGAGCUUGUCACAAGGCUAAGAGCAGAACAUGCAAAUGGCCACCAUAACAUGGGAAUUGAUAUUGAGAAGGGCGCAGUCGCGGACGUCGUAGCUCUAGGCAUCGUGGAAUCGCUCAACGUGAAGAUGUGCAUGGUUUCGAGUGCAGCUGAAGCUGCGGAGCAAAUUCUCCGCGUUGACAACAUCAUCAAGUGCGCUCCUCGACCUCGUGCUCCAGAUAAUCGACCAUGCUAA